CUGAGUGACCACACCCUGUGCGUCUGUCUGUCCUGAGAGCUCUGUGCUUUCCUGCAUCUGCACAGCCCAAACCGGAGGAAGGAGAGGCCAUGAUCCCCACCCUCACAAUCCUGCUUUGCCUUGGAUUGAGUGUGGGGCCGAGGACCCGAGUACAGGCAGGGACCCUCCCCAAACCCACCAUCUGGGCUGAGCCAGGCUCUGUGAUCCCCUGGGGGAGCCCUGUGACCAUCUGGUGUCAGGGGACCCUGAAGGCCCAGGAGUUCCGUGUGGAUAAAAAGGGAAGCACAACGCCCUGGGACAGACAGAACCCACUGGAGCCCGUGGACAAGGCCACAUUCUCCAUCACACACAUGACAGAGCACACUGCAGGGAGAUAUCACUGUUACUAUCUCAGCUCCACCAGCUGGUCACAGAGCAGUGACCCCCUGGAGCUGGUGGUGACAGGAUCCUACAGCAAACCCAGCCUGUCAGCCCUGCCGAGCCCUGUUGUGACCUCAGGAGGGAACGUGACCCUCCUGUGUGGCUCACGGGAGGGAUUUGGCAGGUUCAUUCUGACUAAGGAAGGAGAACACAGCCCCCCUUGGACACUGGACUCACAGCGACACCCCAGUGGUGAUUCCCAGGCCCUGUUCCCUGUGGGCCCAGUGACCCGCAACCAUAGGUGGACAUUCAGAUGUUAUGGUUCUUACAGGAACACCCUCCAGGUGUGGUCACACCCUAGUGACACUCUGGAGCUCCUGGUCUCAGGGUCCCUCCCCAAGCCCACCAUCUGGGCUGAGCCAGGCUCUGUGAUCCCCUGGGGGAGCCCUGUGACUAUCUGGUGUCAGGGGACCCUGAAGGCCCAGGUGUUCCGUGUGGACAAAGAGGGAAGCACAGCACCCUGGUAUACACGGAAGCCACUGGAGCCCGCGGACAAGGCCACAUUCUCCAUCACACAAAUGACACAGCACACUGCAGGGAGAUAUCGCUGUUACUAUCUCAGCUCCACCAGCUGGUCAGAGUACAGUGACCCCCUGGAGCUGGUGGUGACAGAAUCCUACAGCAAACCCUACCUCUCAGCCUUGCCGAGCCCUGUUGUGACCUCAGGAGGGAACGUGACCCUCCUGUGUGGCUCACGGGAGGGAUUUGGCAGGUUCAUUCUGACUAAGGAAGGAGAACACAGCCCCCCUUGGACACUGGACUCACAGCGACACCCCAGUGGGGAUUCCCAGGCCCUGUUCCCUGUGGGCCCAGUGACCCCCAGCCACAGGUGGACAUUCAGAUGUUAUGGUUCUUACAGGAACACCCUCCAGGUGUGGUCACACCCUAGUGACACUGUGGAGCUCCUGGUCUCAGGACCCUCAGGGGACCCCAAUCCUUCAUUCACUGGACUCAUCUCUCCAGCUGAGUCCCUGGGUUCACUUUACUCAGAGGGAGCACAGACCACCCCAGGUCUUCAAAUGUACCAGAAAGUUCUGAUCGGCGUCUCGGUGACCCUCAUCCUGCUGCUCUUCCUCCUCCUCUUCCUCUUCCUCCUCAAGCACCAGCACAAAUGCAGCAAGUCAGGUGUUUCACACCCUGAAGCUCCGGCCAGAGCACUGCAGAAAAGUUCCAGGUCCAGCUCCACGGCUUGUGUCCAAGAGGAGAACCAGUGUAAUAGGGGAGGAGAUGCUCCCAUAAGAGAUCUCCAGCCUGAGGAGGACAAAGAGAUGGACAGUUGGGAUACUCCGUCUGAUGCCCCCCAGGAUGUGACCUACGCCCACCUGAACCGCUUGACACUCAUACGGGGGACAAGUGCACCCCCUUCCUCCCAGUCAGAGGAGCCCCCAGAUGAGCCCAGCGUGUACGCUGCUCUGGCCAUCCACUAGCCCGGGAAGGGCCCAGACCCCACUCCAGGGAGGGGGCCUGCAGGGACUCUGGAAAGCACAGGACCUGCCACCAUGGAGACACAGCUCACAACCCCAAGCCUGGGGACCUUGUGAAAGCAAACAGGAUAUGCCAAGACCUUAGGAGUGACCUAAUUCUCCACAUUGAGAUAAGUAUGAGCUCUACAUUUUUAGAAAUAGAGCAAUACACUUCUACAUAACCAAUGGUUGAGAGAAGAAAACCCCAAAUGAAGAUAUAACUUUUUUUUACUUAAAAGAUAAAGUGAAUCUUUUAUAUCAACACAUGUUUUUACCCACUGCUAAUGCAAAUGUUACAUAU